AUGGAUAUGAUCAGCCGUGAAGAUGAAAAUCGUGCGCGCGAAAUCACACUUGAAUACCUGAAUUUCUUGGAUGAUUCGGGAGCUGAAAAAGUGUACAUGCAAAAAUUCGAGGAAAUGAUCAAAGAUAAUGGCUCACGUGUUGUUAUCAAUUUGGUCGAUCUUCGCAAGAAGCUUCCGGAACGUGCCUUUAGUUUACUAAAGAAUUUCGUCCCUGAAAUAUUGUGUUUGCAACAAGCUGCAAAGGAUUACGUAAGCCGAUUGGAUCCUCAGUAUGGCAAAAGUUGCGAUGUCAGUGUUGGGUUCGAAGGGACUUUUGGUGAUCGACACGUCAACCCCAGAACGCUGAAAUCCUAUUUCCUGGGCAAUAUGGUCUGCUGCGAGGGCAUCGUCACUAAAUGCUCUGCAUUGCGGCCAAAAGUGAUUCGCAGCGUCCACUAUUGUCCGGCGACCAAGAAGACAUUCGAGCGACGUUACACCGAUUUGACAUCUUAUGAAGCUUUCCCCUCAAGCAAUGUUUACCCAACCGAAGAUGAAAAUAAAAAUCCAUUGGAAACGGAAUACGGCCUGUGCACAUAUCGCGAUCAUCAAACGUUUUCAAUGCAGGAAUUGCCGGAAGAUGCGCCGCCAGGGCAACUUCCACGUACGGUGGAUAUUGUGGCGGACGAUGAUUUGGCGGACAGUUGCAAGCCUGGAGAUCGUGUCCGUGUGAUUGGUCUGUACCGAUGUUUACCGAACAAGCAGAACGGCUAUUCCAGUGGCAGUUUUAGAUCUAUAAUAAUCUCGAACAAUGUGCAGCUGUUGAGUAAGGAGAUGCAACCAAAUUUUUUGCCAGCGGAUAUCAAAAAUAUCCGAAAAAUGAGCCGGCAAAGGAAUAUCUUCGAUCUUUUGGCGCGAUCGUUGGCUCCAUCAAUCUGUGGACAUGAUGAGGUGAAAAAAGCGAUACUGUGUCUGUUACUUGGUGGAAAUGAGAAAGUACUCCAAAAUGGCUCACAUAUUCGAGGUGAUAUCAAUAUACUUCUGAUCGGUGAUCCAUCGGUUGCAAAAAGUCAGUUGUUAAGAUACGUGCUCCAUACAGCACCACGCGCGAUUGCUACAACUGGACGCGGUUCAAGUGGCGUUGGUUUGACAGCAGCUGUUACAACAGAUAUUGAUACUGGCGAACGGCGCCUGGAAGCUGGUGCAAUGGUUCUGGCAGAUCGUGGGAUUAUGUCCGAUAUUGAUCGUACAGCGAUACACGAAGUUAUGGAGCAAGGAAGAGAUUCGCUUCUGUCACGUUUCGACCUCAUUUUUGUACUUAUGGAUGAGCACGAUGCGGAACGUGAUAACAAAGUUGCUGAGCACAUCCUGAAACUUCACCAGUACCGCACGCCCGGAGAAGCAGAUGGUGCCGUUUUACCAAUGGGAACUGCUGUUGAAUCACUCACCUCUUUCGAUGCCGACGAGGAAGUUACGAUGACUGAAGUAUGCGAGAAAAACAAGGAUUGGUGUGCCGUCAAGGAAAGGUUUGUCUUUGGCAUUCCCAAGUUAACCGAAGCAGCCUCUUCCUACAUAAGUGAAUGCUACGCCGAACUGCGCUCAUUCGAUACGUCUAAAACAGACCGAGAACGUACAAUGCCAGUAACGGUAAGACAGCUGGAAACACUGAUACGUCUGGCAACAGCAAUGGCUAAAGCACGUUUGGGAAAAAAUGUGGAACGAUCGGAUGCACGAAAGGCAUUCCAGCUGUUGCAUUAUGCAUGUUUCAAAGAAAAGCCAAAGGAACGGCUGGAGCUGGAGGAAAAACGAGGCCGCAGAGCACGAGGAAGUGACAGUGAGGAGAGUGAUGAGGACGAGGAAGCAGAAGAUUUAGAGGUUUUUUCUUUCUUUUUUUUUAUUCUGAUUUUUAGGCGUGGUGACGAUACACAAAUAUCUGGUGUGGCUGCCUCUGAUGCAACAACUGCACGUCUUGGUGAAGAAAGCAUGGAUGUGGAUUUUGACGAAUCGCUUCCUGGUCCAAGCGCAAAACGACCACGCCGAGAAACACCGUCGAUAAAUAUUGACCGGUAUAAGACAUUCCGCAGAUAUCUGAGAAAAGCAUUCGAUGAUCUCGGUAAUCCAGAUGAUAUGAUCGAUUUAUCCGUUAUCCGUGAUGCAAUCCAGGCGCAAGCCGGACGACUUUUGUUCAGUGAAAGUGAAUUUGAAGCAGCAUUUGAGCAAGCGACAUCCGAAAAUAUUGCAAUGAUUGCUGAUAAUCGAAUCACAUUGAUAUAA